AUGUCGUCAAUAUUAGACGAUAUUUGCGAAUUAUUGGAUAGCUAUAAUGGGCGUGAUAAGGUAGUUCGACUAGCGUGUUAUACUUGCAAACUGUAUGGAUGUGUCCAAGGAGAGAAAUCCUGGCAAACAGCAGGCUCUAGGCUUUCCAAUGCCAGGCUGAUGCUCCGUCUGUUUGAUGACAUACCUAUGAUAAGACAUACCUAUAACUAUGGUCUAGGGAAACAUGAGUCAUCAAAAAUUGCAGCUUUAUUAGGAGUUCUUGCUAAUGCAGUUGACCAAGUAUUCUUGCCAGUAGAAAAGGCCUGUUGGCUUAACGAAGUAGGAGUUCUUGAGCUCUCUCCACAGACAGCAAAUAGAUUAGAAAUUGUGAGCACAGCUUUGUGGGCCGCUAGUCUUUAUAUAUCUCUAAUACAAACAUUUCGAUCAUUGCGACAUUUAUGGUGGAGUCGAGAUUGUCUCAGCUCAGAAGAUGCAUAUGAAGCGAGAAAAAAUUUUGACACUCGAAUAAUGAUUCAAACAAUUACUGCGGGGAAACUAUGCCUUGACAUCACGCAUGCUGUUAGUUGUCUUCCCGCGGGAUGGCUUUGGGGCGAAAAGAUUGGAAGCACUAAAGUUUCAGGCAUUGCAACUCUGUCCUCUGUGAUUGGUAUAGGGUUAUAUUUUGCUAGAAAACGCCUCCUUAAG